AUGGAGUCUGGUGAAUCCUCGGAACUACAAAAACUGUCGAGCGCAAUGGAAAGUGCAAACACAGGCUUGUUCAGGGCUUCUAAGAUCAUUCGAAGAAUCUCGAAUGCAGACGACUAUGUCAUUGCAGCGGCCAUAUAUCAACUUGAGUUCGAUCCCAAUGUUGAUAUUUGUCUCAUAAAAGAACAAUACGAAUUUGCCAGUGGCGUUGACGAUUGGUUGAUUACCCGUCUUGGAAAAGCAUUGACAAGACGACGUCAAUAUCUCAAACAUAUUGAAACUUACCCUAAGGAAUUGAUGAGUUGCGACGAUAUUACAGUCGGCGAGGACAAGCCCAAUGUUUCAACUCAUACAUUGAGGGCAUUCGAGAAUAUCCCCAUCCAGUAUGGUGUUCCAUUCCAAUGCCUAUCUUGUCGCAUGGAGCAGGUAGCUAAUGAUCAUGCUGCAUGGAAGGAACACUUAUUUAGAGAUCUUAAACCCUACAUCUGUACGUUCAAAGAAUGCGAGUUGAAGAUGUUCGGUACUUUAGAUCGGUGGUUUUCGCACGAGCUCUGCAACCACCGUAGAGAUUGGGUGUGCAAGAUGUGUCAGCAUACUCCAUUCUCAUCUUCACCAGCCUACGAAGAUCAUUUAAGAUCAGAGCAUCAGAUCAAUGAGAAAAGAUCGCAACUCAGAGCAUUUGUGUUACAAGGUGAGGAACCAGUGAAUGAUGUUUCUGCUACGGCGUGUCCGUUCUGCGAUAACUGGGAAAAGGACAUCGCCGAAGCAACAAAGGACAAGUACAUAAGACUUACGGCAUUCAAAAAACAUCUAGGAAAGCAUAUGGAGCAGUUGACAUUACUCUCCUUGCACAUGAAGGAGAGGAAAAUGUAA